GUACAGAAAAGAUGACACCGGGUAAUGAGUUGUUUGUAGAGGAAGACGAAGAAAUGAAGUCUGACUCCGAAGAACCAAGAUUGGUCAUAAAGGAAGAACCGCAAGAUGGACUCCCAGCAGUGCCAGAACAGCCCGAGGAAGAAGACGAAGAACCAGUGCAUGUGGAAGCAGAAGAAGAGGACGAUGAAGAAGAGGAUGAUGAUCCAAUUAUAGAAUCGAUUCCAUUAUACAUCAAUACCAUGCCCUCGCGAUUUAAAAACUCAUUACACAUAUUACAAUACCCUGGUCGUGCCAAGGCUCGUCGUUUGGACCAGGGCCAUUUCCAUGCAUCUAUAAAGCCACAGCUGAAAUAUCUUGAAGUUAAAGUCCCCUUGGACACUUCCAAGUUCUUUGAUGGGACCAAAGUCGAGGACUGGGGUGAAGAAAUUGGCGAGCAGACCUUGAGCGGUGUUCUUGAUCCCCUGGAAGGUGGAUACUAUAUCGCGAAAGUCGAGACCGACAGUGAAGGUAACAGAAAGGCUGUGCUUGUUCCUAUAGACAGUACUGCCCAAUUACGAACAAGUUUCCAAUACAUCGACGCCAUUGAUAAUUCUGCCCAUCAACAAAAGAAGCAAGAACAAGCCGAGAUCCAUAAGACUACAAGUGUACAAAUCUUACAAUCCGCAGCAAAACAUACUGGGACUCAAGCAAACAUGGAUGGGUUCAUGCAUUCCUUAGGUGACUCGCUUAAGCAUGUUAAACGAUUUGAUGAAGAAAGUUGGAGUCUUUUAAGUUGGAAGAAUGAUGAAGAUGAAAUCACCAAUAAGAUCAAAAAAGAGUUGAUUAAUGGGGCUGAUUCCAUUGAAUUGACUACUGAAACUAAAUUUGAUGAUUAUAUUCAAAAGUUAAUCAAUGAAUAGAAUACUUAACCUGUAUAUUAAUAACAUAUCUUAAGACAUAUUA